GGCAUCGAAAAGAACAAUUUAUAAUGCAGCGGGGCGACGGCGACAAUGGAUCUCAUGCGGCGAACAAAGAGCAUCACAGUAACAGCGUCUGAGGGAGACCCUCUCUAGGAUAAUUCUUCUUCCCAAUUUCCGACUCCUAGUCUACAGUACAGUAUCAACCACGCGAACGACGUCGAUAUGGCCGUACCCAAUGCCCAACGGGCCUUCUUGGAUAUGACAAGGGCCCUACGAAACACGAUCAAGUUACGGUUUAGAACAUGGGUUGUCCAAACUCCAGCCAACCAGGCCGUCGGUCAGAGAGCUGUAACGGCCGGUACAUGGAUAGGCAUACCACCGGCAGAUGGUGUGCUAGCUACAGGUGGUGAGGGCGUUGUGCACGUUUGGUGCAAAGUCGAUCCCGCCACCAACCUCAUCAUUGACCGGGUUGUUGUCAAACUUGUGGUCUCCGGAUGGGCUCGUUUCGACUUGGCCAGAACCUGGCAUGGAGGAGUCGGACAAGAACCAAUGGAAUGCCAUCAAUCCAACUUGGUCUGGGCAAACAUGGCUCCCGCUGAUCGAAAGUAUAUUCUUUCAUGCUUAGGAUGGGGAGACGUGGACCGUCAAACACGACGAUACAAGCUUUACUAUGAAUAUUGCGACCAUGGUAACCUGAACAAACUCAUGAAAAUACAGAAACCGAAGAGGAAAAAAGUCGGAAAGAGCAAGAAAGGUCGAAAACAGUUCCCAGAGCCUUUCUUGUGGUAUAUGUUUGAGUCGUUGGCCAAGGCCUGUGUGGCAAUGGAGGCGGCAUAUACGCAGGGCUUGAUGCAUGGCGAUUUGCAUCCGGGAAAUCGUAAGUGCCUGGCUGGAGCAAUUGGCAUGUAUUGAUCGACUGACACUUUCCACUCAGUUUUUAUGGGUAACCCGGACCCCAAUGAUUUUGGACUUUACCCAGUACCCAAGGUAAGUAGUUCCAUGAGAGUGUGCUGUUUUGAGAGGAGUGGGACUGACGUCGUGCACAGGUGGCUGACUUUGGCUGUGCCCGUCAACUAAUUCAUGAAGUGACAAACCGCGGCCCCACCACUCACCUUGAUCCAAUCCUCACGGAGUUUGCCGCACCAGUGAGUCACUCCAGGAGCAAACAUCA